AUGAAACAGCACAGCUAUGCUUCCUAUAACGGCUACUUGUCGGAGCUAUAUAAAAAGCGAGAACUGCUCCAAUCAAGACUGCAUCAGUUGGAAGAGCAGGGCCCGGACAGCUCUGCGUCACAAGGCCAGGCAUCCAUCAUCCAGCAGACCGACCUCCAGAACAUCGCAGAUCUCGAACGGGAGGACCAUAGCCGCCUGUCCAAACCUCCCAACUUGGAUCAAGAGCUCGUCUCUCUGGCCAAGACCAUGGAGACAGGAACCCCGCUGGAUUCACCUCAGGUGCAAUCUUUGACCAGGCUGCUCCGAUAUGAAAUUGACCUACUAUCGGACGUGCUCCAGGGCAAAUGCUCUUUGACCAAGAACUACUACCCGCGCAACCUGACUCUGAAAGACUUUUGCGACUUCAAUACGCUGCCUACCUUGGUUUAUGAGCUCGAGUACCCGCGCACCGAGCGCAUUGACUGGCUCUACGUGGCGGAGAAGACGGCCGCCACGUUUGGCAUCAUCGUGGUAAUGAUUGCUGUGUCGCAGGCGUGGAUCUACCCCGUGGUCAUGUAUACCGUGCGCAUGAAGGAGGCUGGGAUGACGGUCCAGCAGCGGAUGCAGGAAUUCCCCUGGGUGCUCAGCGACCUGUUGUUCCCUUUCAUGAUGGAGUACCUCCUGACCUUCUAUCUGAUCUGGGAGUGUCUCAAUGCUGUCGCUGAAAUCACCCGAUUCGCGGACCGCGGGUUCUACGCGGCCUGGUGGAAUUCAACAUCGUUUGACCAGUUUGCGCGCGACUGGAACCGCCCGGUGCACAGCUUCCUGCUGCGGCAUGUCUACCACAGCUCCAUCAGCACGUUCCAGCUAUCGCGGCUGUCCGCCAGUCUCAUGACAUUUUUUCUUUCCGCCUGCGUGCACGAGCUGAUCAUGCUGUGUCUGUUUCGGCGCCUCCGUGGCUACCUGCUUAUCCUCCAGAUGUGCCAACUGCCCCUCGUAGCUCUGAGCCGCACCCGGCUCCUACGCGGCCAGCACCUGCUUGGAAAUGUUAUUUUCUGGUUAGGCAUCUUCACGGGGCCGAGUCUGCUGUGCAGCCUGUAUCUGAUUAUUUGA